CUCAAGGACAGAACCAUCAUCUUGAAUGGAGGAGGAAAUAUGCAGGGAGCAGAUGUGGGUGUACACAUAUGUGAUAAGGCCACAUCACCAGGCACAGACUUAUGCACAGGGCAGCCACCGAAGCAUCCUUGUGGAAUUUGGGAAGCCGGACACCAAGAGCCAAAGAUCCAGAGCCUCCAUAUCUUACCAGGAGUCAACUCCAGGCACCAUGAAAAGUACACUUCUCCUCAUGGCUAUUCUGGUUCUGGGUGUCGGAAGGAGCUGCCAAGCUGUCUGUGAGGAAUCACAGGAACAAGGGGCAUUUGGAGGAGGCCACAGCAAGAAGGUCUCAGAUCUCUAUCAACUCCACCCAUCCCUGCUCCGGAGGUUGUAUAACAGUCGUUCUCUCUCUCUGGAUGGGCUGCUGAGGUUGCUGAGCAAGACCACUGUGGACCCUAAGGAGUCCAUGGAUUUCCAGAAACGUGACAUGCAUGACUUCUUUGUGGGGCUCAUGGGGAAAAGGAAUAUACAGUCAGAACCACCUAUGGAGGUGAACCAAGAAAAUUACCCUGGUUUUGGCAACCCCAAGUAUUCCACCGAUUCAGAAUGAGAAUCUCCUAUCCUGUCCACCUCCUGAGACUCUGGACUGCAUUUUGAAGACAUUUUGCUUGCCUCCUCUCAACCCCUGGAGAAAAUACCCUCAAUUCUAUUUCCUCACCCAUCGCUGUAUCAUUCUCCUGCUUUGACCAUUCCUCCCUCCCACCAUGGUACAAACCACUUGGAGAGUAACAACAAUCCCAUGGGCACUGACUGCAGAUGCCAAGCAAUUUUCUUUAGUGACAAAUUCAAAAUAUAAUCUCUAUACUCAUCAUCAAUA